UGAUGUGUGGUAUUUCCGUUCUCAUUCAACCGUUUAAACUUCGGCAACAUAUAGGGGAUUUUGCGAAAUAUAUAUAUCUUUUUAUAAUCUAGACGCAGUUUUGAGGUUUGGGGGAAAAAAUGACAGCCAGCCAAUUCCAUGGAAUUUGAUGAGCAGCAAGUCCUCUAAUUAAUUUCCUUAAUUUGAAAUAAUUUGUUUAUGGAUCAAAUAAUUACGGGGAAAUAUAAUAUGAAAAGGAAAAACGAAACUAUAUAUACUAGGGGCAAUAGGACGGGUUUUCAUUGACAUGGGAAGAUACUGUAAGAUGUUUUUCAUACACACAAAACACCUACGCACAGAUUAUACGGACUUCCUCUUGUGUACUAGUUACUUCCUAGCUGGAGUGUGUUCGGUGUCAUUAUUCAGUGAGCGCUAGACUCGACCGCCGUUAGACGCGAGAAUGAAGUAAACGCGAUCGGACCUGAUUCUAGAUUACAAAAACUUAGAAACAGAUAAUCAAAAAUGGAUUACAAAUAUGAAAAUGCUGGACUAGAGCUGCUACUGGCUCACAUGAACAUAGAGGAUAUCAUUGAUGCUGUUGAGAAUCUCUACCACUCAGAGGAAGAAGAGGAAGAGACUGAAUUGUUGUUCGAGGAAGGCCUGUCUCAGGAAGAGAUGGACGAAAACGAGGAGACUUUGGAUGACGAAGGGACAGAGCAGACAGCAGGAGGCACAGAGCAAGGGAGUGUUGGCAAUAGGGUCAGGUACGGGACAGUUGCGGACUUGCUAUCUUUCGUCAACCUGAUCUCUAACAUGCAGCCAGAAGCUCUGCAGCACCUUCCAGAUGAGAUGGGUGUUUUACUGAACAAGAAACACAUGGUGCUGAAGAAGGGCCGCUAUCGCAUCGAUUUGGAUGUGCUUCUGUUUCCAUGGGUGUGGACCUACAAAACUCCAGGCUCAGGUGGCCAUGUUCCAAAAGGCUCCUUUGGGAAAGUCCACCUGGCCCAGGAUACUGUAACCAGGAAGAGAAUGGCCUGCAAACUGAUCCCCAUAGAGCAUUUCAAACCAGCCGAUGUGGAGAUCCAGGCUCGGUUCCACCAUGAGAACAUUGCAGAGCUCUAUGGUGCUCUUCUGUGGGACCAGAACGUUCACCUGUUCAUGGAGGCUGGCGAGGGAGGCUCGGUUCUGGAAAAACUGGACAGUUGUGGCCCCAUGAGGGAGUUUGAGAUCAUCUGGGUCACGAAGCAGGUCCUCAAAGGCCUAGAGUAUCUACACUCUCACGGUGUCAUCCACCACGACAUCAAACCCAGCAACAUCGUCCUGAUGUCAGACAAAGCAGUGCUGGUGGACUUUGGACUCACGGUACAGAUGACAGGGGAGGUUUACAUCCCUAGAGACCUGCGGGGAACAGAGAUGUACAUGAGUCCAGAGGUGGUCCUGUGUCGAGGACACAACACCAAGACGGAUAUCUACAGCCUCGGCACCACCAUCAUCCACAUGCAGACCGGCUGCCCACCGUGGGUCAGGAGAUACCCACGCAGUGCCUACCCGUCCUACCUUUACAUAAUCCACAAGCAGGCUCCACCCCUGGAGGACAUAGCGGAGGACUGCAGCGUCGCCAUGAGGUCGUUCCUGGGCCGAGCCCUGGAGAAGAACCCGGCCAAGCGGAGCUCGGCGUCCGAGCUCCUGAGGGACGAGGCCAUCAACCCGCCCAGAGAGGAACAACCUCGCUGCUGGAGCCUGGACUCGGCCCUGGUGGAGGCCUCUCACCCCCUACUGAGACAGCACAGCCAGCAGCCGGACAACACUCAGGAAUCGUCUCUGUACUCUGAGCCCGAGGACUCUGGACACGUCAGGAGGAAGGGAUCCCUCUAUAUUGACCUGGGGGCCAUUGCCGGUUAUUAUAACCUCGUAAGGGGUCCACCUGGUACGGAGUAUGGCUAACCCUAAGCCAUUAGCACAGCACUUAGUGUGACCAAUGACCCAUGAAGGACGGUCCCGGAGAGGAGAACCGAGCUAUCUCUUUAACCUGUGAUGAGUUGAAGACCACCAGAAGAAUGGGAGUUUGAUAGAGUUGGUUAAUGGCCUAUUCGCCAUUGGUCUUGGAAUGAUAACAGGAAAAUGGAUGGAUGUCUGGAGACAGGAAUGCGUAACUGCCCUUGCUACCAUCUCUCAGUAGUUUAACAGCUCGUUGGUUGUAAGAGAUGGGUUACUUAGUAACUCUGUGUUUAGUGGGUUGACGGUGGAAUCGAUUGUGGGAUGUUUUUAGGUACAUGAUAUGCUUGCAUGUUUCGCAAGUUUUGUUUCUCAAAGAAAUGCAUGUAAAUAGGUCCUACAGGAGUCUCGUGGGGCUUUUCUGACUGUGUGGUUUGUACACAUUUUACAAAUUUGCACAGUUCUUAAAAUGAACGUUCUGUUUGUUCCUGUGGAAUAUAAGUGAUUUAGAGUUAUUGCAAUGCAAGUUACAACCGAAUGUUUUACUAAUGUUUAUAAUCAUUGGUCUUGUACCUGUUUGGUGUGCAGUUUUAUAUAUAGUACAUCCAAAGAGAUGACCAAUACUGUGUUGUGCGCACAUUAAUUUCAAUUGAAAAACACAUUUUGUAUAUUGAUUUAUAGACUGUAUCAUGUGCUGUACUUAUCAAUCUUGCCAGUUGAAUAACUGAGUAAUGUGAUAUUUUUAACAUGAAUUACAUUACAAUAUAA